GAGGGAGGCAGGGGAAGCCCGGGGCCGCGCGCGCCUCGCGCCCCCCAACACCUGUUCCUGCGCGCGCGCCCGCUCUACCGCGCGCCCCGCGGGCCGGCCCAUGCGCGCGCGCGCGCAGACCCCCUUCCUGGCACCCCCACCAGCCACGGCCUGGGCAUCGCUCAUUGGCCGGCGCCCCCGCAGUGCCCGCCCCGCGCACGGGGACAGCGGUGGGGGAAUCUGGGGGAAGGGUCGAGGGGACCCAGCCCCGUCUCCCAGUUGCAGAGACCCGAGUUCUAGUCCAGGCUCCCCCACCGGAGCGAACCAUGUGACCAUGGAAAAGUGGAUGCCCCUCCCUGGACCUCAGCCUGUGUGUCUAUUAAAGGGGGUGCGGCAUCCCCAUCUCCUAACCGCAUCAGCUUUCCCCCCACUAUUGCUCCCCAUUGCCGUGCUCCCAAUUCUAAUGUGGUGCCUUUAAGCCCAGCCCCACCUCGCCCCUUGCUUUUUUAUUUUGCACACAUGAUCCACGGACUGGCGGCUUAUAGAACGCCCACGAGGCGCCAGGCAGAGCCCUGGGGGCUUUUAAAGUCCUUUCUCUCCUUUCGGUCUGCUGACUACACUGGUGUAUUCACGUACAGAGAAGUCUCUGGCGCAGAAAGGCAAAGUCGCUUGCACGGUCACUUGCUAGUUGGCAGCAGAGCUGGAUUCAAACCCGGGACUGAGGGACCCGGUGGAGGCCUCUUGCCUCCUUGGCUUCCUUUCUUCUUGCUCCCUGUACCAUGGGAGACAGCGAGAUCUGGUUUGUGUCUUGGCCCUGCCAAUUACUGGUAGAGAAUGUGAGCAACUGAGUAGGCUUUGCUGGGCCUCGGCUUCCCCAUUUGCAAAGUGGCGGUGACGUUCCUCCUCCAGGGGACUGGUGUGAGGCUUAGCUGCUCAGGAUGCUAAUCAUGGCUAAUGCCACCUAGGAGCUCCUUGUGCACUGAACACUUUAUGUGCAUCGAUGUCGUGUCUGUGCAAGUGGUAGGAGAACACCUAGUAGUCCCGUUGUUGCAAAAGGCUUUACCGGAGGCUCAGAGAAAUCAAUACCACGCCCAAGCCCACACAGGUAGUAAGCGGCAGACUCGGGACUUGACCAGGAUGUCCUUCUCCAGAGCCCACACUUAGCAACUCGGAUUAUUUCCUUUUGGAUGACUUGGGAUCAAGCAUCACCUGGGACAGGUUCCUUUCUUUUUCCAGUCCCGAGCACCCUCCCCACCUCUACCAAUAAGUGGGAGACAUUUCUGAGGCCUCCAGGGCUCCGGGAUUUGAUGAACCAUUUUGAGUAUUGUAAUUCUGGCCUGUUCCUUCAUUUGGACUCUUAUCUUUCUCUGAAGAUUCUUUUUUAUUUUGGUUCAGAUGAGCCUGAACUUCUAGAUCCAGAGGAAGCGUUAGGGAGACCUGGGGGACACUUGUGGAGUUUGGGACAGUGGCUCUUUGUCAUUUCUCUUUAUUACCCACCAGCAUGGCUAGAAUUGUGCGUUUGGGUGAAGGCCUGCCGAACCCAGCUCUGGAGGCUUGGAGAGAGGGAUGGGCAAGGUGUUGGGGGACACGGGGGUGCUGCAGCCCUCCCUGCACUGACGCUGACCCCUCUCUCCUCUCAGCCCUUCUCCAGUGCCCAGACCCAAGCCCCCCACUGCUCAAUGGACACCCCCAGCCCAGACCCGUUGCCUUCGCCUUUGCCCCGGGAGGAAGAGAAACCUCUGGCCUUACCUUCUCCUGUUCCCCGGGGCCGCCGAGGCCGACGUCCCGGGGGGGCCACCUGCUCGAAGCGGACGCUCAAGGCCCCCCUCCCUCGCAAGCGGGGCCGUCCCCCCAAGUCAGGACAGGAGCCCCCGCUGCCCGAGGGCGUGUCAGCCCCGGUGGGCGGCGGUGGUGGCAGCGACCUCCUGUUGAUUGAUGAUCAGGGCGUGCCCUACACGGUCUCUGAAGGGUCAGUGGCAGGUGGGCCCGUGGGCUCCGGCCCCAAGAAGGCCCCGCAUUUCUGCCCGGUCUGCCUGCGCGCCUUCCCCUACCUCUCGGACCUGGAGCGGCACAGUAUCUCGCACUCGGAGCUGAAGCCGCACGAGUGCAAGGAUUGCGGCAAGACCUUCAAGAGGUCCAGCCACCUGCGGCGGCACUGCAACAUCCAUGCCGGCCUGCGGCCCUUCCGCUGUACGCUCUGCCCGCGCCGCUUCCGCGAGGCCGGUGAGCUGGCCCACCACCACCGCGUCCACUCCGGGGAGCGCCCCUACCAGUGCCCGGUCUGCCGGCUGCGCUUCACCGAGGCCAACACACUGCGGCGCCAUGCCAAACGCAAGCACCCGGAGGCCAUGGGGGCACCCCUGUGUCCCCCGGACCCAGGGCCCGAACCGCCGUGGGAUGAUGCGGGGAUCCCUGCCACAGCGGGGGCGGAGGAACAGGGGCCGGAGGGGGAAGAGUCGGCCUGACCUGCAGCCCCGGCCUCCCCUCCCCAGGCUAAGUUCAGAGCUGGGAGCUCCGCCUGUGCUGGGCCUGGGCGGGGAGGCCGGGACAGCCUCGUUGCUCGUGGUCUUCCCGAUGCAGGGGGAUGUUGAGGGUGGGGACCUAUACUUCUGGGUCCGGCUGCCUUCUGCCACCCUCCCCCGGACUGAUGGGCCCUCGGAGGCGGGGGCCGCAGAAAUAAAUCUCUGCCUGCUGGCUUCCUGCUUGUGUUGAGUGAUGGCCGCGGGCUGAUCCUCCCCUUCUCCGCUCUUCAAACGCCCCUGCACCACCCUGACGCCAGGGGUUUGCGAGGACCCCACGUCCUGUGCCUUGAUGGGGAGGCGGGCGCCCAAGAGUGACUUGGGGGAUGCCCUUGCUCCCCCCCGCCAACUCCAUAAGAUCCCAAAGCACUCCAAGUCAAUAUCCAAUCUAAGUAAAACUUUGAACCUUGUGUGCAAGCCUGACUCUGGGAUGUUCCCCCCAUUCCAGCGUUUCCUGGAAAUUUUGCAGCCACCACUUUCCC